AUGGCGGUAGACAUGGAGACGAUGAAGCGCCAGAUGAAGGGAAAAUGGAUGGCAACAGAAGAGAAGCGCAAAAGCAACACGCCCUCUCGCCACUCAGAAGAUCGUGACAGGCAGGUCACACCAUCACAAGUAGAAAACAAGAGCCUUAAAAUAAGCGAUAUUCAAUCAAGGACUGCCAGGACUCGUUACUCCAAGUCUGAGAGAUCGAGGACUGAGAGUUCAUAUAUGUUGGGAAGCACUUAUAGGCCCCACACGCAUCAAACGACAUCAAGAUGUCAGCCAUUCUUCCAAGCCUUAAUGGCCAAGUUUGAGUGGGAUAAAGAAUGCGAUCGGGCCCUAGAAAGCCUGAAAGAGUACAUGUCUUCUCCACCGUUGUUAGUAACCCCAGUGCCUGGAGAAGAGCUUCUUUUGUACUUAGUGGUUUCACAGCAUGCAGUCAGCACAGUGUUGGUCAGAGCGGAAGGGAUCCAACACCUACCUAUCUUAUACGUUAGCAAAACCUUGCUGGAUGCUAAAACAAGAUACCUACCAUUAGAAAAACUGGCAUUAGUUUUGAUGAUGGCCUUAAGAAAGUUGUCGCAUUAUUUCCAUGCCCACACCGUGAUCGUCCUAACGGCCUUUCCAUUAAAGGCCUUGUUUAAGAGGGCAGAUUUUUCUGGACGAAUCUUGAAAUGGGAGGUGGAAUUGGGGCAGUUCGACAUCAAGUUUCAACCCAGAACAACAAUUAAAGCCCAGACUUUAACAGACUUUGUGGCUGAGUUCACACCAGGAAGUCAUCUUGUCUGUCCAGUCGAUUUGACUGACGCAAAUGAAUUAGGGGGAAAAGUGCUGCGGAAACUGCGCAACCCCCGAUACAGGAUACUUAGCCACAUUGUAAGCCACACAGGCUUGAGGAUCAGAAGGAAGGAACGAACCAUGCUAUUCCCAGUGAGGACUCAUCAAAAAGCAAAGACUUGA